AGGAAGUGAUGGUGGAGGAACACGUGUGCAGCAGUAUAUGAUGGACACAGAGCUUAAGCUUUUGCCACUAAACUAUGAAGACCAUGGAUCACAGAGAUGUAGAUUGGGACCUAAAGUUAUGUCUCAUCUAGGAGUUAAAAUAGGUUACCCCAUCCUGAUAUCAUUACCAAGGGGUAACUGUCUGUGCACAGCUUGGCCAAGGAAGGACCUUUCUGAUGGCUUUCUGCAAGCUGACGCCAUGUGCUCUACAAUGCCAAAACCUACCAUAGACUAUACAGAUCCAGUUGUUUGUUUAAGUUGUUUGAAAGUUUUAAAUCCUAUCAAGUUGAAAAGGGUGACCGUAAAAGUGGUCCUGAAGGACAUGGAAGUGAAGUCUGCUUUAUCGGAUACAUUGCUCCAUGAGGUAGUGAGAGACUUGCUAAGAAAUGUGCAUGUGUUACCUCAUUAUGUAGUAAGACUGACCAACGAUUCACCGGUUGUGAUUGUGGAUAUCAUUGACAUGGACCCUAUAACUGGUAGUGCUGGUUUAAUUACUGCAAAGACAAGCUUGAACAUUAAAGAAGCCAUAACACUGGAGUGGUACAAACACAUAGCUGACAGCACUCCUCAGUACAAGGUUGCUGGUAUGGAUGAAGUAUGUGCCUCUCUCUGUGAGAUCAUCAAUCUACCUUUUCAUUACCAAAAGACCUUAACUAAACUAGGUUUAUCGUGUCCCAAAGGUCUUCUCUUAGUUGGUCCUCCUGGAGUUGGAAAAACGCUUCUAGUAAAAGCUGUCGCAAGACAAGUCGGUGCUUAUCUAAUUAGCCUGAGUGGGCCCGCAAUUCAUGGAUCAAGACCCGGAGAGAGUGAGGAGAAUUUAAGAAAGCAUUUUGAGAAAGCCAGAGAGGUUUCUCGUGGCGGUCCAUGCGUCCUGUUUAUUGAUGAAAUUGAGUCCCUGUGUCCUAAACGUGGGGGCUCCAAUAAUGCUCCUGAAAACCGCAUAGUUGCUCAGCUUUUGACACUCAUGGACGGGAUUCACAGUGAUAACAAAAUGGUUAUUGUUGCUGCCUCUAACCAUCCUGAUGCCAUAGAUGCAGCGCUGAGACGACCAGGGAGAUUUGACAGGGAGGUUGUUAUUGGAACCCCCACACUUUGCCAGAGAAGAGCUAUUCUUGAAGUACUCAUAUCUAAUAUGCCUGUGAGCUGUGAUGUGGAUAUUGGUGUCCUGGCUGACAUGACGGUGGGUUAUGUAGGGGCCGACCUCACUGCACUGUGCCGCGAAGCUGCUAUGCAAGUUGUACUCCAGGUAAACCAGGACAGUCAGGAGCAUCAAGUCACUAGAGCACAUUUUUAUGAAGCCUUUAAAAAGAUUCGGCCUUCAACCGCUCGUAGUGCGAUUGGAAAGGUGGAGUUUAGGCCAGUCUACUGGGAAAAAAUAGGAGGCCUCGAGAAUGUUAAAGUCUUACUGAAACAGAGCAUUGAGUGGCCUAUGAAGUAUCCUGAAGCUUUCCUGAGAAUGGGCCUGACACUACCAAAAGGAGUGCUGCUCUAUGGGCCACCAGGAUGCGCUAAAACCACGUUGGUAAAAGCUUUAGCGACGAGCUGCCAUUGUGCCUUCUUCUCAGUCAGUGGAGCUGAUCUCUUCUCACCUUAUGUGGGUGACUCAGAAAAGACAUUGGCACAGCUGUUCAGACAGGCAAGAGCCAGCACACCCGCAAUUGUGUUUCUUGAUGAGAUUGAUGCUAUAGUAGGGUGUCGAUCAGAGGGUCGGACAGGCUCUGGCAUACCGGAGAGAAUCCUUUCAGUUCUCCUAAAUGAAUUGGAUGGAGUUGGGCUGAAGACUACAGAACGCAGAGGGAGCCAGAAAUUGUUGGAAGGCGAUUGUGAUAACUCACACGAUGAACCUGCCAAGUUCCAAGAGGUAGUUAAUAAAUCAGUAAUGAUCGUGGCAGCUACAAACAGGCCGGAUGUUCUGGAUGACGCUUUGAUGCGACCAGGCCGACUGGAUAAACUGCUCUAUAUUCCACCACCAGACGAAAAGGCGCGGCUAUGUAUCCUGCAAAUCUGCACGAACAAUGUACCAUUACAUCCUGAUGUGUGCCUAGAAAGCCUGGCAGCCGAUACUCCAUUUUACUCUGGUGCUGAUCUUCACAAUCUGUGUAAAGAGGCUGCCCUGGUUGCGUUACAGGAAAGUGAAUUACAAGCUACCUGUGUGAAACAAGAACAUUUCCAAAAGGCUUUAGCAUCUGUACCACCAUCUUUGAAUGCCAGAGACCUUUUAGCUUAUAAGAAGUUACAUGGAUAUACAUAGAUAAUGAAUAACUCUACUU